AUGGUCGCAGCAGCUGAGUAUCCGCAAGCAAUGGUCGCAGCAGCUGAGUAUCCGCAAGCAAUGGUCGCAGCAGCUGAGUAUCCGCAAGCAAUGGUCGCCCGCAGAGACUGUUCGGCAGAGACUGUUCGGCAGAGACUGUUCGGCAGAGACUGUUCGGCAGAGACUGUUCGGCAGAGACUGUUCGGCAGAGACUGUUCGGCAGAGACUGUUCGGCAGAGACUGUUCGGCAGAGACUGUUCGGCAGAGACUGUUCGGCAGAGACUGCUCGGCAGAGACUGCUCGGAUGAGGAUCCGCAAGUUUGCCCUAAACUGCAACAGGAGGAGCAGGUCAAAGAGGGAGAGGAGCAGGUCAAAGAGGGAGAGGAGCAGGUCAAAGAGGGAGAGGAGCAGGUCAAAGAGGGAGCGGAGCAGGUCAAAGAGGGAGCGGAGCAGGUCAAAGAGGGAGCGGAGCAGGUCAAAGAGGGAGCGGAGCAGGUCAAAGAGGGAGCGGAGCAGGUCAAAGAGGGAGCGGAGCAGGUCAAAGAGGGAGCGGAGCAGGUCAAAGAGGGAGCGGAGCAGGUCAAAGAGGGAGCAGGUCAAAGAGGGAGCGGAGCAGGUCAAAGAGGGAGAGGAGCAGGUCAAAGAGGGAGAGGAGCAGAACCAUUAAUCCUGCCCCAGUCCGGUCCACAGCGCUUCCUGCUGUCUGUGCUGGUGUUUCUGACCACAGUCCAGUUUCCAGUGCUCCCACAGCUCAGAGACACUGGCUUAUGUUUGAAGAACUGGUCUGGAGUCACUGACAAAUAA